CUACAAUUUAUGGACAACCCAAAUACUCUUUAAAGUUUUAUUCCGGUUUGUUUCACUUUUAGCCGGAUUAAAAAGGCUUUUUGGACCACAAGAGACAAGAAAAAUAAAAAUAAAAAACAAAUUCUUUUAGUUGAUUAAGGUGAUUGUUUAGCAAUAUGGCCGAAUCUUCAGACUCUUUACAAAAAGAAAGAAAAAUGACGUCUGGGCCUAACUUUUCAGCUUCUGUUGUAAGAAAGUCAGCAGCCGCUGCCAACAUACCACCUGCAAAUAAUUCAAUGAAGAUGAUGUCAUUUGAAAAUAAACAACGACGCCCUAAUCGUAUUCAUAGACGCUCUGUAUCUGUAUCAUCAACAGACAGUUACAGUUCAGCAAGUUAUUCAGAUGCAAGUUAUUCAUCAGAUGAUGAGGAUGGUGGUUUAAAUCCAAGAGAAAAAGAACAGUCAAACUCCAGUGGGCAGUCAGAUUUUUGCAUACGUAAUAUCAAAUUGUCAGAUUUUGGGCGAAGAGAAAUUGAAAUAGCCGAACAAGAAAUGCCUGGAAUCGUGCUUUUAAGAAAGAGAAAUCAUAAUGAAAAGCCUCUAGAAGGAGCUCGGAUUGUUGGUUGCACACAUAUUACUGCUCAAGCAGCAGUAUUAAUAGAAACACUUUCUGCACUGGGUGCGCAAGUUAGAUGGUGUGCUUGUAAUAUAUAUUCCACACAGAAUGAAGUAGCAGCUGCGCUUGCUGAAUCAGGUUAUCCAAUUUUUGCAUGGAAAGGUGAAUCUGAGGAAGAUUUUUGGUGGUGUAUCGAAAAAUGCAUAACAUAUCCAGCAUGGACACCGAAUUUGAUUUUAGAUGAUGGUGGAGAUGCAACACACUUGAUGCUUAAAAAGUAUCCUUCUAUUUUUAAUCAGUUAAAAGGAAUUGUCGAAGAAAGUGUUACUGGUGUUCAUAGAUUGUAUCAAUUAUCUAAAGCACAAACAUUGUCGAUCCCAGCCAUGAAUGUUAAUGAUUCAGUGACUAAGACAAAGUUUGAUAACCUAUAUUGCUGUCGUGAAUCUAUACUAGACAGUUUGAAGCGCACUACAGAUGUCAUGUUUGGUGGAAAACAAGUUUUGAUUUGUGGGUAUGGUGAGGUUGGCAAAGGUUGCUGUCAAGCUCUAAAAGGUCUUGGUGCUGUUGUUUAUGUCACUGAAGUUGAUCCUAUAUGUGCACUUCAAGCAUGUAUGGAUGGUUUUCGUGUAGUUCGAAUUGAAGAGUCCAUUAAGAUAAUUGAUAUCCUAAUAACAUGCACCGGUAAUAAGCACGUCGUUCGAAGAGAACACUUGGAUAGACUUAAAAAUGGCUGCAUUGUUUGUAACAUGGGACAUUCAAACACUGAAAUUGAUGUUGGAAGUUUGAGAACACCUGAUUUAACAUGGGAAAAGGUUCGCACUCAAGUUGAUCAUAUUGUUUGGCCUGAUGGAAAAAGAAUCACUCUGCUGGCAGAGGGUCGUUUGGUAAACCUAAGUUGUUCUAGUGUUCCUUCUUUUGUGUUAUCUAUCACAGCCACAACACAAGCAGUUGCACUUAUUGAACUCUUCCGUGCUCCAUUUGGGCGUUAUCAAAAUGAUGUAUAUCUGCUUCCAAAAAAAAUGGAUGAAUACGUAGCUGCACUUCAUCUCCCAUCAUUUGAUGCUCAUUUAACAGAGCUUACAGAUGACCAAGUAAAAUACUCAGGAGUUAGUAAAACAGGACCAUUCAAACCGCACUAUUACCGAUAUUAAAUGGAUGCUUGUGAUUGUUUGGCAACUGUCAUUACUAACUUCAAUAGAACUAUAAACUAAAAUAUGGAUGACUAUCCUUAUUCGCUAAAUAAUCUAGAUAAAAAUUUAGUAUAGUAGCUGGUUUGCGUAUAUUCUAGAAAAACGAAAACUUACAGAAUUUAUAUCAGUAAAAAUUAAGUUAUUUAUAAAAUUGCAUCAUAGCCA